GCAACUUCAUUUCAGCCUCAAACUUUCAGUGCCAGUACCAACCUGUUGCACAUUCUUAUACCUCUGAGUUAGCUUACAGGAGGUUGCACUGCAGGCAGGCGGUCAGGGUGAUCGAUGAUGAUGAAGGUUAGCCCAAGGGUCAGCGUUCACGUUUGCUUGUGCAACACUAGACAUGGGAAGGAGUGCCCCCAUUACAAUAAUAGAGGGGACAGCGCCACAGCCGAUUCACCAGAGAAAAUGAAGCCGGAGCAGGUCACCCACAAGAAGAUGACGACGGCGACGUCCUCGCCGUCCCCUGUCGCCGGCCUGCGGGGCGUGGUGAGCUCCCUCGUCGCCUUCUUCAUCGUCGUCAGCAUCGUCUCCCUGCUGUUCGACCACGGCCACGAGUCGCAGGUGCAGCUGGCAGUGCAGCACCAGCACCAGGAGGUGAAGGUGGCCGCGGCCGGGUGCCACGAGGCGCAGGUGCAGUGGACGGACGAGCUCAUGGGCAAGGCCGUGAGGGGCUCCGGCAAGGAGUGCAACUGGUCCGUGGGGCAGUGGGUGUACGACAACGCCUCCCAGCCGCUCUACUCUGGCCUCAACUGCUCCUUCAUCUUCGACGAGGUCGCCUGCGAGAAGUAUGGCCGGAAUGACACCAGGUACCAGUAUUGGAGAUGGCAGCCCGAUGGAUGUGAUCUUCCAAGUUGCAGGUACAGGUAAUGCGAUGAUCUGACACGAGUGUGAUGCUUGCUUGUUUGGAGUUCUCCUUCUUUGACCAAGGGAUAUGUUCCUGGUGGGGGAGCCUGGGAUUAGUAGGGUGGAUAUCGUUCUCCUUUUUCGUUUGAUUUCAUCCGUAGUAGGAUCCUGCUCUUCUGUAUGAUGGUUGCUAUCUAUUGAUGUAUUUUUGUAUGAAUGUUGUAACUUGUGGCGAGUGUAAGCCUUUAUAUUGUAUUCUCAUCUAUUC